ACAGUCAUUGCAAAUAGGAUACAACACGCGGAUUAAAAAAACGUACAAACAACUAAAACCCAUAUCCAACCAGGCAAAAUAAAGACGAGCGUUUAGUGAUCCCUUGGAAACCGCGGUAAACAAGGAUCAGCUGACCGACCACGACUCCCCUGCCUUCGGACGGCGACGGGCCCGGGCGAUGGCGGCCUUAAAUCCGUGUCUUUUCUACCGCUUCCCCCUUCGAUACAGGGAUCAAAUAUGGAAAAUGCAUACCCAACAUUGUCCAUGUGUCUUUAGAGGAGUGUUGUGGAGAGGGAUUCACCAUGGACCACACAUUCAGGGAGGUGCCAGGCAAAAAUAUGGAAUAUACAGAGUGCCAGAUAAUCAGAGUGUGUGUCCCCCUAGUCAGAGCAGUUCAUACACAUGUUCAUCGUAUUUCUGGCAUCGAGUCAGAAUGCGAAAAUCGGCUUUGUGUGUUCCGUACCAAAGCCUCCACUUGCAGACUGAAACAAAGUUGCUGUCUGUCACAGACAUAUCCACCACAGGAGUGAAAAAUAUGUCAGCUAGUCCAGACAGUAAAAAAAAACAAGAAGCCACAAGUGAGAAAGAGAGUGUAGUUGGUGCUGAACCAAGCCAAAGUGAAAAUGAUGAUAGUGUCAAAGCUGUGGACAUGCAAAUGAUAAAGACCUCACGGAAGCAGGUGAAUAAAGUUGGUAGUCAAAACAUACCCUCGAAAAUACUGCGAUACUUCUUAGGUCGGUACACAUGGUACUUGAAUAGAUUCCACCAAUCUUUAGAAAAUGAGAUGCCGGACACCUUCAAUAUGUUUCGCAUAUUUUCAGUUGGACUGAAGCAAUUCCUCAUUGAUUUCAAGGAUUUUAUGAUGGUCCUGGUGUAUUUAAGCGUUCCUGGCAGCACGCUAAGAAAUUGCACCCGUCGGGAGUUGGAGCUGUAUUACAACAUGCCAAGAGACAUGAUUAGAGUCUUUCCAAUACUUGCCUUAUCAUCUUUACCUUUAGGCCAAAAUCUUGCCUUCCCCAUAGGGUAUUGGUUUCCACGCCAUUUGCUGUGUCAUCACUUUUGGGACAUUAAGCAGCGUCAUGAGUUUGCCCUCAUGGACAUGAAGAAAAGGUUGUUCAAUUAUCGGCCCGUGUUCAGGUCCCUACAAGCUGCGCUGAAUACCAUAGAGGACAAGAGCAUGCGCGAAAAGUGUAGGGCUGCCUUCUACAAACUUGGCUCAGGUAUUCAUCCCACAGUUAGGGAGAUUGUGGAGCUGUUGCCUCUUUUCCAGGGAGCACCUUUCCACUUUAAGAAAAUGUAUUCAGUUCAUUUGAGAGGGCUACUGCGACUGCAUGGUAGGUCUGUUUACUUUCUGAAACGGAAGAGGCUAGAGGACUAUGCAAGGCAGCUGCAUUACCUUGAUUCCGCCAUUUCCAGAGAAGGGAUUGACUCGCUCUCGCACGAACAGUUGAAGCAUUGCCUUUUCAUGAGAGGUUUGAAUGCAGCAAACAUGAGCACCGAAGCCAUGACGGAAUACCUGAGAAACUGGCUCAAGGUGUCGCGAGAAAUCGACUCCUCAUCCUUUUCCCUCCUUCUGCAUCUGCCAAUUCUCAUGGCUUAUAAUCAGCCGACCAAUAUUGUUCUCAUUUAUUAAGGUGUGAGGGCGGACAGAUUUCUUUUACUAUGAUGCGUGACGUCCUGUGGUAACUUUUUUUUUCUUUUUUCCUGUUAUUGUUUGUUUAUUGUAUGAUGUGAAGACUGUUGGAGAUAUUCUUAGAAUUAUUAUUUUGUUAUUUCAUUUUUGGGAUAUCUGUAAUGCUUAAUCUUUUGUUUUUCUUCUUCAGAAAUUGGUUGUGUUUUUUUUAGAUGCAUUUAUGAAGAUAGAUGCCCUCUUUUAUGUGUGCUUUUCUUGCAUUUUGUUUUAUAAGUGUGUGGAUGUGAUUGUGAUAUUUGUAAAGGUUCUUCACUAAAUACUUUCUUACCUUUUUACUUUGCUUUUUUGCUUGUUUCUUCUUUCUUUGUUUUUGUAAAGGUUUCUUUUUUUUUUUUUUUUUUUUUUUAUCCAGUUUUACGUUUGUUUG